AUUUUUUAUUUUAGGCAAAGGAAGAAUAUAUUAAAAAAAUUAAUUAAUGAUAAUAAAAUUGGGUUACAGGCCCAAUCAGCUGAAUACAAGUGUUAUACCAAAAAACACCUCGACUGUCGCAACCUGCAAAUCUCUCGUCAUUUCGGCUCAACUUCCUUCCGGUUCGAAUCAUUUCCAUUUCCUUAUUUGUUUUGUUUUACGAUUUUUCUCUGUGUGAGUGUUCGUAGUCAUCAGACGGUACCGUUUUAUCAUACAGAAUCAAUGGCGAUGGGAGCUAUAGCUCGGCGGCUGGCGCUGGAGUCGACGACGUUUCGUGUGCCGGAGUCAUUGAUUUAUCCUACCUCUAGAUAUUACUCUACUGCUUUCAGAGAAGAACGAGAUACAUUUGGACCGAUUCAAGUACCUAAUGACAAGUUAUGGGGUGCGCAAACUCAAAGAUCACUGCAAAAUUUUGAAAUCGGAGGAGAGCGAGAGCAGAUGCCGGAGCCGAUCGUUCGUGCUUUUGGCAUUCUUAAGAAAUGUGCUGCUAAGGUUAACAUGGAGUAUGGUCUUGAUCCAUCUAUAGGGAAGGCUAUAAUGCAAGCUGCUCAAGAGGUGGCUGAAGGAAAACUAAAUGAUCAUUUUCCGCUUGUUGUUUGGCAGACUGGUAGUGGCACUCAGAGUAACAUGAACGCCAAUGAGGUUAUUGCCAAUAGAGCAGCUGAGAUUCUAGGUCAUAAGCGUGGUGAUAAGUAUGUGCACCCAAAUGAUCAUGUGAACAGAUCACAAUCUUCUAAUGACACCUUUCCAACUGUUAUGCAUAUUGCAGCUGCCACAGAAAUUAAUAAAAGAUUGAUACCAAGUUUAAGAAACUUACAUACGACAUUGAAUGCCAAGUCUAUUGAGUUCAAAGAUAUUGUCAAAAUUGGGCGCACACAUACCCAAGACGCAACACCUUUAACACUUGGACAAGAGUUUAGUGGCUACACAACACAGGUGAAGUAUGGAAUUGAUAGAAUCACAUGUACUCUACCGCGCAUGUAUCAGCUUGCACAAGGCGGAACUGCUGUUGGAACUGGAUUGAACACAAAGAAGGGGUUUGAUGUCAAAAUAGCUGCAGCAGUGGCUGAGGAAACAAACUUACCAUUUGUCACAGCAGAAAACAAGUUUGAAGCUUUGGCUGCACAUGAUUCUUUUGUUGAAACUAGUGGAUCCCUUAAUACAAUUGCUACCUCUCUGAUGAAGAUUGGGAAUGAUAUACGCUUACUAGGAAGUGGUCCACGAUGCGGCCUUGGUGAACUCAUACUUCCUGAAAAUGAGCCGGGUAGCAGUAUUAUGCCCGGAAAAGUUAAUCCUACUCAGUGUGAGGCACUCACCAUGGUCUGUGCUCAGGUUAUGGGAAAUCAUGUAGCCAUUACAGUGGGUGGAUCAAAUGGUCAUUUUGAACUAAAUGUAUUCAAGCCUAUGAUUGCUAGCAAUCUUCUACAUUCAGUAAGAUUGCUUGGGGAUGCAUCUGCUUCCUUUGAGAAGAACUGCUUGAGGGGACUUCAAGCUAACAGGGAAAGAAUUUCAAAAUUACUUUAUGAGUCUCUUAUGCUUGUCACAUCCUUGAAUCCUAAAAUUGGUUAUGACAAUGCUGCAGCAGUUGCCAAGCUUGCCCACAAGGAAGGAAGUACUUUAAAGGAAGCUGCACUGAAACUUGGAGUGCUCACCGGUGAAGAAUUCGACAGCCUUGUGGUGCCUGAAAAGAUGAUUGGCCCAUCUGACUGAUUAACCUACAACAAGUUUCAUGCUUCUGAACAUUAUUAUUUUGUCGAUAUUUCGGCAUCUCAUUCCGAGGUUAUUAUUGUAGAUUUAUAAACAAAUCAGUUAUAGGAAUAAUGAUAAAUGGAGAACCUUUUUUUUCCUCUCUGAUAAAUUGUAACAUCGCGUUCUUGGAGGUUUUGCCCCAGCUAGCUCCUCUCAUUUUUCAGGACUGUAAUUACUGUUAACGGGGUUUAUAAUGGAAGGCCUCCUCCAUUUGCAUAAAGGUUCUUCCUAUGUAGUUGAGAAAUUACUUUGCGGCAAUGAAUAAUAAUGUUAUUCUUUUGGAUUAUAGAAUUA